AUGCAGACCAGACGUGAGUUGACUUUUAUGUCCAUGUGAAUGUAGGCCGCGGCCCACUCUCCUCAGCACCUGAUGACAGCUUAAUUCCCGGGCCGGGCCCCCUGCUGAGGAGGCCAUUUGUGUGGGAUGACAGACGGAGAUCAGGCCAAGGGGAGAUCAGUGGGAACCCUGCGAGACCGCUCAGAUUUCGGGGCACCGUGAAAAGAUUUGUCCAGGCCAUUCACCUCUGAUGAAGUUUCCCAUGUUCUGCUGGGAAGCACUUUUUGUUGAAGUGUUUCCAUAAUGAGUCCCCGUUUCUCUCUAUCUCUGCGUGGGCACACACAUAUGCACUCACGCACGCACGUUGGCACACACACAUUUUGUGGAGAGAGCUGGCCCGUCCAUUUGUUUUUUUGCUGCAGCCGAGACCACAUGGAGCACCGGUGAGCUGGCCACUACACAGACCAGGGUAAGAUGGGCUCGGGCCCAGAGCAAGGGGGUCAGAAAAAGAAGGGAACAGGAUAAAAAGGGGUUGGUGGGUCUUGGAAAGAGGAGACUUGUUAGAGUAGUUAGGGGACUAGAGUAAAGGGGCUGGGGUAUUAUGAGUUUUGGAAAGAGAGACAGUAAGGGGAUUUGGAGAGGGUUUAUGGUAAGAGGAGGUCUAGAUGAGAGGUGUUGGAGGACUUUAUGGGAUUUGAAAAGGCUUUUAAAUAACUUGAAGGUACAGUACAGUUACCGUCAUUCAUGCAACACCCUGAAGGUUAUAAGUUGUUGACAUUCUGAAGGAUAGAAAUGUGUGAACCUCCCUCUCUAGGUGCUAAAAUGGAGCGCAUAUGUUUGAUCCUCCUGCUGAUGAGUAGGACCACUUCAGUCUUGGCACAGUUUAAUGGAUACAACUGUGAUGCCAACUACCACAGUAGGUUUCCCGGUGAGCAUGAUAGUCAUUUAAUCUCUAUGUAAAUUCUCCUCUCAAAUCAUUUUUACAUAUACUUAGGUCAGAGAAUUGUUGUUAGAAUUGCUGUUUACCCUUUUUCUUCUCUCUCUCUCUCUCUUUAGCGGAGCGCGACAUCAGCGUGUACUGUGGGGUUCAGACCAUGACCCUGAAGAUUAACUUCUGCCCGGUGCUGUUCUCCGGCUACACGCUUGCAGACCUUGCGCUAAAUGGUCGCCAUGGCGAUACCCACUGCCGGGGCUUCAUCAAUAACAACACGUUCCCCACGGCGGUACUGUUCAGCAUCAGCCUCAGCACACUGGAGGCCUGCGGCAACAGCCUGGUGGUAAGAAACACACACAUACACACACAGACAGACAUGCGCACACACCUACUGUUAUGUUUUAUACUUAUAAUAAUAAUAAUAAGCCAUUUAGCAGACGCUUUUAUCCAAAGCGACUUACAGUCAUGCGUGCAUACAUUUUUGUGUAUGGGUGGUCCCGGGGAUCGAACCCACUACCUUGGCGUUACAAGCGCCGUGCUCUACCAGCUGAGCUACAGAGGUACUUACGCAGCUGUUAUUAGUAUGACCACCAGGAUCUAAUGUGUUUUACAUUUUGGGAGCACGUCUUGCUUGAGGCUAUGGUAGGAGUUGUACUAGAUUGUGUAUUUAGAGACGAUGUCCCUGUCCUCAGGUGACAACAGCCCACGGGGCUAAUGCCUACGGGAACAUGUCGUUGGUGCAGAUUGGGAAUAUAUCAGGGUACAUCGACACUCCAGACCCGCCAUCCAUCAUCAGCUAUCUGCCGGGCCUGCUGUACAAAUUCAGCUGCAGCUACCCCCUGGAAUACCUGGUCAACAACUCACAGCUGGCAUCGUAGGUGCCUGCCAUAAACACCUGAAGGGCUUAUUUUGAAUACAAUUUAAGUAUUGAAUAAGUAGAGAUAUUUCAGUAUUUUUUAUAGAUGAAUUUGAUAUUUGGAAGAUGAAUUUGACAUUUGAAGUCAGUCAGCAAUUUCAUAUUGACCUAGAUAGUUUGUGUGUACAGUAUGUAUUGAUAUGUAGGCUAUGUGUGCCUUUUUUAAAUUGAUGUAGUUCUGUCCUUGAGCUGUUCUUGUCUAUUAAUGUUCAGUAUUACGUCAUGUUUCAUGUUUCGUGUGGACCCCAGGAAGAGUAGCUGCUGCUUUCGCAACAGCUAAUAGGGAUCCUAAUAAAAUACCAAAUACCAACUAUUCAGUGCAGACUUCAUUAAACAAAAAUUCAAAAAAACAAAAGCAUGUUUACCUGUCUAAACUGUACUAAUUAAUUUGAGCCUUUUCUAGAUCAUCUGCUGCAAUAUCAGUGAAGGACAGCAACGGUACCUUUGUGAGCACAUUGAGUUUGAUCCUUUACAAUGUGAGUACACAACAUCAGUGUUUUUUUUUAGGGCACACAAGGACUUCAUAACAGGGCCCUCAUAGUAGGAAUUCAAUGUCAAAUAAUAACUAGAACAUGCUGCUGUCAAAAUACUAAACAAAUGAUGAAACAAUUUUAUUAGGUAGAAAGAGACAUAGAGUUUCAUAAAAAUUGGCAACUUUUUGAUUCACGGCCAAACUCCUUUUUGUGAAGGACUCAACCUACAACCAACAACUCUCUAUCCCAAUGGCCGGACUGGCUUUGAAAACCAGAGUGUUUGCUGCAGUGAAAGCAACAAACCUGGACAAACGGUAAGAGAUAAGGAGAUGUUCAGAUAUUAAAAAGUUUUAUUUUUUGUUCUCGUUUCUAUUAUUCACAAUACAGAUGGGGAUAUGAUCUGAGAAGCACAAAGAUUUCCAACAUGAUGUGAACAGAAAGCUAUGAUUCCGGCAUGAUAAGUGCUGUUAAAAAAAUUAAUUGAAAGCUGUAACCUGCUGGGACUUUCUCUCACAUAACCUGGAUGGCAUAGAAUUGAUAUAGUAGUCAAGUACAACCGCACUAUGUCAUACACAGUAUGUCAUACACAUACGCUAUCGUUUAAGACCUGACCUCUAUGCACCCUACCAAUUCAGUUCUAUCCUCUUUGGUUCAUUGCCAUUCAGCUGUCCUCUAUUGCUGUGUGAAGGCGCCAGAGGUGGUGCUAAGAAUGUCUGAUCUGUCCUGUUGUGUUGUGUGGUUAGAUCUCUAUCCUGUAUCAGCCCCGUACUGUUUUGUCUCUCUCUAGAUGGAAUAUCUUAAUGGACUACUGUUACACCACUCCCUCAGGGAAUCCCAAUGAUGAACUGCGCUACGACCUUUUCUUUGGGUAAUCACGCUUUUUCUCAAAUGAUGCCAGGAUAAAUGACAAAAGUGUCCCAUUACCCAUUCACCCUCAACCACUUAUCAUAGAGGCCCUUACAAUGUGUUCUCAUGGUGAAUGAUAUGAUAUUUUUCUAAUUGAGCAGUUAAAACAGGCCUAGACGUUUCAGUGCAUUUUGUGUGUGUGUGUGUGUGUGUGUGUGUGUGUGCGUACGUACAAUGCUCUUUCCAAACAGCUGCCAUAAAGACCCACAGACGACUGUUUUCGAGAAUGGGAAGAGUCAAAUGGGUCGUUUUGCCUUUGAAGUGUUCCGUUUCGUCAAACACAGACACCAGAAGAUGUCCACUGUGUUUCUGCACUGUGUCACCAAGCUGUGUCGGGUGGAUGACUGUGUCCUGCUCAUGCCGGUAAGAACAUGUGACGCCUUACCAAAUGGUGUGUUCAACAUCAGUACAGUCAACAGGGUGAACUUCAAUGCUCUGCAAAUAUCAGAAAAUAUGUACCAUAUUUCUUGACUUCUGAUCAAUAUGAAGCUUCACAUAGUCCAGUAAUACCUUAGCACUAUUCACUAUUACCUAUUUAAUACGGGAUCAUAUAAAAGGGUAUAUGUCUGUGAUUGGCAGAUCUGUGGUCGUCGGCGUAGGCGGGACAUAGAGGAGAGCCUGGAGUCUAGGCCGUUGUCUGGGGAUGCCAUCAUCACCGCUGGACCCAUCAUCACCAGGAGUGGUACGCAGUACAUAUCUUCAUCCAUAACCACUUAAACUUCUACUAUAGUUUUGUCUGACUUUAAUUAGAUUAUUUUGAUAUCCAUGAUAUAGUUGUAAAGUAUUACAACUGUAUGAUGUGAUGUAGCCUAUACACGAUAAUCCCUUUCGAUUAUAUACUGUAUAGUCUUGAAAUCUACUGAUGGAGGGUGCUGUGAGAAUAAAAUUAGGUGGGAUUUGACAGUAUAAUCAAUGGUUAUUCAGUACAUUUGUAUUAAAAACAAUAAUGUUUGUUAUGAUGAGUUUUCCGGUAUCAAGUAAUUCAGGAUGCAAGAGAAUAGUUAAACACUUACAGUGGGGAAAAAAGUAUUUAGUCAGCCACUAAUUGUGCAAGUUCUCCCACUUAAAAAGAUGAGAGAGGCCUGUAAUUUUCAUCAUAGGUACAAAAUGAGAAAAACAAUUCCAGAAAAUCACAUUGUAGGAUUUUUAAUGAAUUUAUUUUCAAAUUAUGGUGGUUAAUAAGUCUUUGGUCAAUAACAAAAGUUUCUCAAUACUUUGUUAUAUACCCUUUGUUGGCAAUGACACAGGUCAAACGUUUUCUGUAAGUCUUCACAAGGUUUUCACACACUGUUGCUGGUAUUUUGGCCCAUUCCUCCAUGCAGAUCUCCUCUAGAGCAGUGAUGUUUUGGGGCUGUCGCUGGGCAACACAGACUUUCAACUCCCUCCAAAGAUUUUCUAUGGGGCUGAGAUCUGGAGACUGGCUAGGCCACUCCAGGACCUUGAAAUGUUUCUUACGAAGCCACUCCUUCGUUGCCCGGGCGGUGUGUUUGGGAUCAUUGUCAUGCUGAAAGACCCAGCCACGUUUCAUCUUCAAUGCCCUUGCUGAUGGAAGGAGGUUUUCACUCAAAAUCUCACGAUACAUGGCCCCAUUCAUUCUUUCCUUUACACGGAUCAGUCGUCCUGGUCCCUUUGCAGAAAAACAGCCCCAAAGUAUGAUGUUUCCACCCCCAUGCUUCACAGUAGGUAUGGUGUUCUUUGGAUGCAACUCAGCAUUCUUUGUCCUCCAAACACGACGAGUUGAGUUUUUACCAAAAAGUUCUAUUUUGGUUUCAUCUGACCAUAUGACAUUCUCCCAAUCCUCUUCUGGAUCAUCCAAAUGCACUCUAGCAAACUGGACCUGGACAUGUACUGGCUUAAGCAGUGGGACACGUCUGGCACUGCAGGAUUUGAGUCCCUGGCGGCGUAGUGUGUUACUGAUGGUAGGCUUUGUUACUUUGGUCCCAGCUCUCUGCAGGUCAUUCACUAGGUCCCUCCGUGUGGUUCUGGGAUUUUUGCUCACCGUUCUUGUGAUCAUUUUGACCCCACGGGGUGAGAUCUUGCGUCGAGGGAGACUAUCAGUGGUCUUGUAUGUCUUCCAUUUCCUAAUAAUUGCUCCCACAGUUGAUUUCUUCAAACCAAGCUGCUUACCUAUUGCAGAUUCAAUCUUCCCAGCCUGGUGCAGGUCUACAAUUUUGUUUCUGGUGUCCUUUGACAGCUCUUUGGUCUUGGCCAUAGUGGAGUUUGGAGUGUGACUGUUUGAGGUUGUGGACAGGUGUCUUUUAUACUGAUAACAAGUUAAAACAGGUGCCAUUAAUACAGGUAACGAGUGGAGGACAGAGGAGCCUCUUAAAUAAGUUGUUACAGGUCUGUGAGAGCCAGAAAUCUUGCUUGUUUGUAGAUGACCAAAUACUUAUUUUCCACCAUAAUUUGCAAAUAAAUUCAUAAAAAAUCCUACAAUGUGAUUUUCAGGAAAAAAAAAUCUCAAUUUGUCUGUCAUAGUUGACGUGUACCUAUGAUGAAAAUUACAGGCCUCUCUCAUCUUUUUAAGUGGGAGAACUUGCACAAUUGGUGGCUGACUAAAUACUUUUUUUCCCCCACUGUAGAUGGAGAGUUGAUACAUGUAUUUAAUAUUACGGUACCGGAUUCCACAUAACAAGCGGCACUUGGGUGGCCUAUUGUCAUUUGAACUCACAUUUUACAUUUACAUUUUAGUCAUUUAGUAGACGCUCUUAUCCAGAGCGACUUACAGUUAGUGAGUGCAUACAUUUUUCAUACUGGCCCCCGUGGGAAUCGAACCCACAACCCUGGCGUUGUAAGCGCCAUGCUCUACCAACUCCCCACCGGAUUCAACAUAGCAAGAUACACGUGGGUUGCAUCUCACUAUUCAAAUGAAUUUCAUAGAAAACCUCUCAGUUUAUAUACUGCGUGCAAGCUAAUUCUAUCCAACAUUUUCCAACCAUUACUGGGUGUCACUCCUAACCACAAUAGUAUCACCCUAUAUAGUAUCGUCUUGCACCCUAGUCAGGAUAUUCCAUCACGUACUCCUUCUAAGAUUAGCACCAGUGGCCCCCCAGUCUUCCGUUGCACGCAUACCUUCUGGCACCCACCAGUGACAGAAAUAAAUACAAUGUCCUCAUCCUCAAAAUCCUAUGCAGCUCACAAUAUCAAACAUAUGAACAAAUCCUGCAAUUUGCACGUCAUAUCAAUGUUGAAACUCUGAAAGCAUCAAUGAUUGAUUAUGUUUCCUUACAGAUGAAACUCCAACGAAUAACUCACAACUCGGUAAGCUCUCUCACUUUGUCACUGCUUGUGCAAUGCCUAGACAAGUUAUAUAUUUUUCUCAUCUAUAAACUCUAUGACGUCAAAAGACAAUUUACUGUGCUACAUAUUUACAUUCUUUAUACAUUCACUGUCUUCAAAAUAAAAUAUGACACCCUUGGAUUUACAGCGGAAGUGAUUAUAGUAAUAGUUAACUCAUAAGUUUCACUUCCCUUUUGUAUUUCUUAACCAUUAACUUUGGUAAUUUUAGCCUAUAUCAGUGAGUAUUUGUGUCUGCCCAUACUUACUCUUUGUGUGUUUUUGUGUGGUAAUCCAGCUGCAUCGAGUGGCCCCUCCCUCCCGUUGAACCCAGUGACCAGUGCUCUGCUGUCAGGUGUGGUCAUUCUGGGCGUGUUCAGUCUGGGCUUCUUCCUGCUCUCGCUCCGCCUCCUCCGCAGACCCCACCUCCCUACAGCCACACCCUCAGGAGCAUGGAACCCUGACUUUAAAUAA